CUUGCGCAGCACCAACGUUAUAUUUGUGAUGAGGCGGGAAAUGGCGUCCACGGACAAGGUUUAUCUGUAAUUAGCCACUGAGCGUCAGGUACCGCUGACAGCGACAACCACGACCCGACCUCUAUCGGUGGGUCGUCAGGGUCGCGGGCGUAAGCCGACAACGCUGCAGCAGGCUUUCAACGGCUUCCCGGAUCUUAGACUUUUCUAUGUGACAGUGGAGCAUGAUGAGGCUGAGAGUGCGUAAAGCUCCUCAGCAGCCAAACAUUGGGCGCCAGACCCCCUCAUCCCAGGCCAAAAGGAAACACUGUAAAGUGGAGCCAUCCCCAGUGAGAGGUCGAGGAAAAAUGCAGAAGAACGAAACAGGCCUGCUCUCCACGAUAAAGAAAUUCAUACGUGGAAAUGCUGUCAAGGUGGAGCAGGAGAUUCCUGCCAAGAGGAGUCGUAUUGAAUGCAAUUCUGACAGCAACUUAAUUACUUCAACACCACAGACUAGAGGCCUUUCCAACAAAUCAGUCUCCAGGGUUUGCCAAAAAAGUCCAAAUAAAGACAUUAUGACCUGCAACAGUAAACCAAUUAAAUCAAACAGUAUGCUCGACACUCCUGGUGAGGCAGCAAGCAGCCCACCACGCACCACUCUACUUGGAACCAUCUUCUCUCCAGUCUUUAACUUCUUUUCACCAGCGACUAAAACUGCCACUCCUGGCUCAGACUCUCCUGGCCAGGCGAUGGAGGCAGAGGAAAUCAUGAAGCAGCUGGACAUCGAGCAGGCAGAAGAAAUGCCAAGCAGCACUCUCACAUCCACAGAGGACAUCACUCCAUGUCACGUUGACCUGAUGUUGCCACCGAGGCUUCAGAUCACAUCCGAUACAUCCGUAGAAGAAGGAGAGAUUGUCACUGAAACUGACAUGCCCCCAUUAACAGCUCCUGGUUGUAUUCCAGAAGGAAAUUACCCACACACGUUACCCUCAGUUCCUGCAGAAACCUCAUAUGAUGAGGACUGGGAAGUUUUUGAUCCGUAUUUCUUCAUUAAGCAUGUGCCUCCGCUGACAGAAGAGCAGUUAACGCGAAAACCAGCGCUACCUUUAAAGACUCGCAGCACGCCAGAGUUUUCUCUCGUCUUAGAUCUGGAUGAAACGCUGGUUCACUGCAGCUUGAACGAGUUAGAAGACGCAGCACUGACAUUUCCUGUGCUUUUUCAGGAUGUAAUAUACCAGGUGUAUGUUCGGUUGAGACCCUUUUUCCGGGAAUUUCUUGAGCGCAUGUCUCAAAAAUACGAGAUUAUUCUCUUCACGGCUUCAAAGAAAGUCUACGCCGACAAGUUGCUCAACAUCCUGGACCCAAGAAAACAGCUGGUCAGACACAGGCUAUUUCGUGAGCACUGUGUGUGUGUCCAAGGCAACUAUAUUAAAGACCUUAACAUCCUUGGACGUGACCUUUCCAAGACGAUAAUAAUCGACAACUCACCCCAAGCCUUUGCUUAUCAGCUUUCCAACGGAAUUCCUAUAGAGAGCUGGUUUGUGGAUAGAAAUGACAAUGAACUUCUAAAGCUUGUUCCUUUCCUCGAGAAGCUUGUGGAGCUGAAUGAAGAUGUUAGACCACACAUCCGAGAAAGGUAUCGUUUGCACGACCUUCUUCCUCCAGACUGAGGACUACGUGUUCGUCUGUCACUUCAAAUGGUCUCAAAAAUGGGGGGGGGUUACCCUGAGAAGGCUAUAAUUUAAAUGGGAUUUGUUUGCAUAAAAAAAAACCAUUGUUGUCACAAUAAUUUUUAUUUCAUGAAAAAAAAGAAAGAAAUUCAUGUUUGAAUCAAAAGAGAAAAGUCCUGGAUGUUUUUAAACUAUUGCACUCGAACCCGCCUCAGAACAAACUGACCUGCUCGCCGCAGCAGGGUUUUUUGCGCUCGCUUCUCUUUAGUGUGACCUUGAAGUCGUUGUCCUGGAUGGUUUGGAACCAUUUUGGAUUGACAUAACUGAAUGUCAUGCAGUGUUUUAUGGACCUUGUUGGCUUCAGCCUGACCUUGAGCAGCCUAUCAAACCUGUAUAAUAUUCACUCUAUUUACCUGUAAAUAAUAUGUAUAUAUAUUUUUUUUCCUUCAAGGUUUUUAAGUCGUUUUAUUUUCACUUCAGAUUUAGUAUGUAUUCUUUAAUUUUUUUUUUGGUUUCUUUUAUAUAUUAUAAAAAAAACAAGUUAUUGUGUUUUGUUUGAAGUUGUUGAUAAACUGCUGCUUUUAUGUUGUAUGCCUGCAUUUUUCCUGUGAUGCUUUUAUUCCAUUACAUGCAGUCGUCUGUAAUAAGGUGCAGUUUAAAAAAAAAAAAAUGUAUCUUUGGGAGGAAAAUGUUUCUGAAAUAAUAUUUUAAAACUAUGUAUUGUAAACUAGAUUAGGGUCUCAUCUGAAUACAAGCCAUACUGGCAAACAAUAAUUUUGGAAAUUUGUAUUUAAGAGUCCAUUUCUGAUUUCAAUAUCUUGGUCCCCUUUGAUGAUGAUGACGGGUGGUGGUGGUGGUGGUGGGAGGGGUUCAGGCAUCUUGCACUUUGACAUCCAGCUCUUUGUAAGUUCAUGUAAAACCUUGUCACUUUUCUACACUGGUGUGUAUCACCUCAAUUUGGUAUGUGGUUAGGGAAAGAAAAAACAAUGGAAUUGUAGCACCAGCAAAUUGCCAACAUGUUUGCUUUCAAAUCUUGUUUUCCAAGAUGUCCUGUAUGUUGGAUCUUAAUGACGUAGGAGUCGCAAGUUUUAUUGACAAUUGAAUGAAUCACUCCUGUUGUACUCAGUGUUACUCAAUGGUUUCCUUGAAAAUAAAUACGUUUUUAUACGA